UGACACUGUUCUUCGAAUCCUUAGCUAAGGAGGGAGAGAGCAAAGUAGAAGAUGCCACGAACGACUACGUUGGAGUGCCCUGGUUGUCCUCCGAUUCGAGCCCUAACUUUCGAUGUUCUUGGUCUCGUCAAAGGUGUGGAAGCUCGCGGUAAACAAGGGGGAGUUCCUAGAGUGGUUGAGAGAUGGGGAGAGCCAAACCCCGCCGGUUGUGUGCUCGCCGCCUCGAUCAAUGACCGUAAAACUGACCCUUUGUUAGCUGUUGCAAGAAAAAGUGGUUUGAUUGAGGUGCUUAGUCCUAUUAACGGUGAUCUUCGUGUUUCAAUUUCCAAUGCUGGAACUGCUGACAGUCGGCCUGGAGAUGAUGGUAUCAUUGGGUUGCAUAUGUUCAGGAAACAGAAAUCGAAGUUGUCAUCCGGGUCAUGCACCUUGCUUACAUGUACAACAAAAGGACUUGCAAGUGUGAGGUCCAUUGACGUUCACAAAUCACCAGUGGAUUCAACCACUAAUGGUUCUUCAACAAUCUGGAAUGUAUGUGCCACCGGCGAUAUUCAUUGUAUGAAAGUGGAUGGAAAUGAAAACUAUGCAUUAUUUGGAGGGAAGGGAGUUGAAGUUAAUGUGUGGGAUCUUGACAAAUGUACUAAGAUGUGGACUGCAAAAUCUCCUGCUAAAAACAAUCUUGGUAUAUUUACCCCAACUUGGUUUACAUCUGCAACAUACUUAAGUAAAGAUGAUCAUCGCAAAUUUGUGGCUGGCACCAAUUCCCACCAGGUUCGCCUCUAUGACAUUUCUGCUCAGAGAAGGCCAGUUAUGUCAUUUGAUUUUCGCGAGACCCCAAUUAAAGCAGUCACUGAAGAUCUAGAUGGUCAUACAAUAUUUAUAGGAAAUGGAUCUGGUGACCUUGCUUCUGUUGAUGUACGAACAGGGAAACUAUUAGGAUGCUUUUUGGGGAAAUGUUCUGGAAGUAUAAGAUCCAUAGCCAGGCAUCCGGAGCACCCAGUGAUAGCCUCAUGCGGACUGGAUUGCUAUUUGCGACUUUGGGAUAUAAAGUCGAGGCAACUUCUUUCUGCGGUUUUCUUGAAGCAGCAUCUCACAAAUGUUGUUUUCGAUUCAAAUUUUAGCAAUGAAGAAGUUUUUGGCGGUUUACGUCCCAUUGAAGCUCCAGAUGUAGAUGGAAUAUUAAUCGGUGAGGAAGAAUCUCUGCCUGCAAAAAGAAAAAAGGCAUCCAAAGAAAACAGUGGAAGCAAGAAGAGUAAAACCAAGAAAAAGAGCAAAAAGGCAAAAGAAGUUCUUGGUGAUGUACCUCCUAUUGAAGCAGCAGAUGUAGAUGAAAUAUUAAUUAAUGGGGAAGAAUCACGUUCUGUAAAAAGAAAAAAAGCAUCCAAAGAAGACAAUGGAAGCAUGAAAGGUAAAUUCAAGAAGAGCAGCAAAAAUAUAGAAGGCAAGAGCAUUGAUGUGUCGUGAUCCGGACACUGUUUUUUCCAUUCCAUUGCCUAUUUGAUAAGGGGAUACUGGACGAGUCUAGACAUAUUAACCUCAGCAUUCACACACUCGAGAAGGCGGAAUGAAGUGAGCAAAUGACAGUUGAAGUGUUGAGAUACAUGUUUCGCAUCCAAGUUAUUGAUGCAUGCGUGGAGAAACAACAGGUUGUAGAUUGGCAAGUUCGAGAGGUGGUUGAUUUUGUUAUUGUGAUCUCAAGGUUCUGCUUUUGUGCGUUGCUUUGCCUGUUAGCAAAGUUUUGUUUCAUAUUUCAAAAAUGGAACACAAUCGUGUCAGUACUAUUCCAACAAGAAUAGUCCACAAUUUUUGUACUAUUAACUUUCUCAAAUGAUGAUUGUAGCAUUUUAAAUAGUAAAGCUUUGAGUAUUUGAACUCUUUGGGUUAAGAUUCAUUUAAGGCCAUUUUCAUGAUUUUUUUUUUUAAGUAAUCGCCAAAUCAUAGUUAUCUGGUAAACUCUUAGGCAUAUGUUUUUAGCAUUUUCAGGAACUAAAUAUGAGACACUAGUGUCUCGUAUCUAGAGGGGUUAUUGUUAUCUAAAUUCUUAUUGGGUUGGGCUUUGAAUUGUAAUGGUUGAUGGUUAAGAACUUCAUUAAUGAUAGUGGAUUUUUCUUUC